GGAAGCUGCUGGCUGCAGCACACUGCACAACUACCUGCACAGCAGUGUGAGGAGCACCUCAUGAGGGUGCUGCCGCUCUACAUACAGGUGUCAGAGAGUAGUAACGCACUGGAUGAUGUAGAUCUGAAGACUCUGGCUUCUCAGGUUUGUGCCACUCUGGUCCACCACAUCCAGGACAGACUGAACCAGAGACCUGCAGAGGAAGCCCUUGGCAGGAGCUGGCCCAGUUCUUCAGAAGACAGAAGCACUGGAGGCUGGCUGCUGCUGAAGGCCCUCUCACUGCUCUCUGCUCGACAGACUGAGGUGGCGGACCAGCCAGGCGGGGCGGGCUUCCGCCAGCUGCUCAUUCAGGUGAUCCUGCAGCACUGCAGGCAGUUGUGUUUUGUGGAGGAGCUGGUGGAAGCUCAGGAGUUGCAGUGUGUCAUCAUCUCCAUGACAACGCUCUGGGACCAGUGCUCAUCGUCAUGGAGACGUCAGGCAUCCCGUGUUCUCAGGGCCGUGUCCGCUGCUCAGGCGCGCAAUACCGUCCCUGUCCUGCAGGCUAAGAACUGCAUGCGGCUGUGCAUCCAGAACCUGAAGCGGAUCAGUGGGGUGGUUCCAGUGGUGGAGUCGUGCGUGGUGCCAGGGUCAGGAUUGGUUGAAGUGGCCUCGGAGGCGGGACCAAAGAUGGUGCCAGGGUCGGUAUUGGCUGAAGUAGCCGUCAGUGUGUUCUGCUUCAUCAGGGACUCGUACCAACUAAGCCCCGCCCUCUUUGAGGAGUUCGAGAGCAACGAUGGCUAUGGGGUGCUGCAGACCAUCUUGGAGCGGUGUGAGGAGGAGGUGUGUGUGGAGGGGUUCCAGCCAGUUGAGGACCUGCUGGGUCUGAUUUCCUCCUUGACGCUGUUUGGACGCUCCGAACUCAAGGUGGCGCUGUGUGUCACCAACCCCCAACCGCCCGGCUUCAAGUUCAUCCCCAGCCUUACCAAAGAUCCAAAACAAAGCAUUAAAAUGUGUAAUGAGCAGCAGGUGGAGGAGAAGGACAGAAGACUGACCGCCAGCAUGCUGAGACUAGUGGCUGCUCUUGCCAUGAGGUCCAUCAGAAACACAGUGUGUAUUAGGGACAGGGGGAUGGUGCCAUAUGUGAAGGUGUUCCUGGAUGACGAGGAGUUCCGUGCUCCUGCGCUGAACAUUCUGGAGCAGCUGGCUGAGGUCAACCCAGACGAGUACAUGAGUUCUGUCAUCGGGGCUCUCUGUUCCGCUACACACACGGAACACACACUCAAAAUACACCUCCUUCAGUCGGUUCUAAAGGUUCUGGAGAGUCCCAGCAGCUGGGCAGCGUUCCGUGUGGCGGGGGCCUUCGAGGGGCUGCUGUCCCUGGUGGCCGGACCUCCCCGCUGGGCGCCGAGGUCGCGGGCCGCGGCGCGGGUCAUCGCCGGCGGCCGCCACGGGGCCAGUGAGCUCGUCCUCCUGGCCUUGCACACCAUGGCGACGGCCGUGCACCUCGACCCGGUCAGUGGCCACCUGCUGGAGAGCGAGGGCUACUACGAGCGGCUCGCCCAUCGCCUGCCAAGGCCGGGUUGCUUCCCCAAUAAUAACACAUACCUCACACACACACCACACACACACUCCUCCGAGUGCGCCCACUGGAGAAGCUUCCGGCAGCUUGUGGUGCUGACCGAGACUCCGUCGCCGCCACUGCCCCCGGCUCUGCUGGACUGCCUGCGGUUGCUCGGUUACCUGGAGCAGUUUGCCACAGGCGUGAGCCUGGAGCCCCCAGAGGUCAUAGCUGAAGGUCAAAGGUCAACAGGUCAAAGGUCAACACAGCAGCCGGCCGAGGAGGGGGAGCCUCAGGGACGAGUCAGGGGCGUCGCCCUCAGUGUGUCAUCGGUCACCUCUGACAUCAGCAGCAGAUUUACGUGCGAUCAGACGAUCCUCCACCCUGCAGCCAUCAGACUCAUUAUCAUCCUGCUGCCCCGAGUCUAUCACCACAGUGAUCCGCAGCUGUCUGUGGAGGUCCAGUACGCUGUGGCGGAUCAUGUCCAGAUGUUGUUGCGUUCCGAGCGGAACCGGCAGAUCAUGUGUGAGGGGGAUCUGCUGUCGGAGCUGCUGACCCACUGCCCCCACAUGCUGCUGACGCCCACUCUGCCCCUCCACCUGCCCGCUGUACGCAUCCUGGAGAAGCUCGCCUCGCAGUCCAUCAGCCCCGCCAACCUCAGGCGAUAUUUGUGUCUGGGGAAUCCCUUCCUGUGUUCUGAGAACAGCGUUUCCCCACAACCCACUGCUGCUAAUGAUGAGCCCUGUUCUGAGGUGAAGGAUAUGAAAAAGGACGUGAGGAAGCUGAAAAAAAGCUUCAGCCUGUUAAGCUCCUCCCCCCACUCUGGCUCCGCCCUGCCACUCCACCAGAUCAUCAGCCUGGUCAUGACGUGUCAGCCACAAGCUGGCCACAAUAAGCCUCUGGCCACACCCUCCUUUGUGGAGUUUGACAUGAGCGAAAGUGGAUAUGGAUGUCUGUUUUUGCCAUCUCUGGCCACAGUGAAGGGUGUGAGCUCUGAUGGCAUUUCGACUGGAGGAGUGGGUCCGGACGCCAUUGGCUUUCCCCGGCGGCUUGGCUGGCGGAUUCACUCUGCGUUCCUUGUGAGUCGGUUCAGUGCAGCGUGUGACUCGCACCCUCUGCGGCUGCUGACCGUGGUCAGGCACAUGUCCCGAGCCCCGCAGAGCUACGUCUGUCUGGCCGCCUCCAUCGCUGCCGCCGACGGGUCACUCAUCAUCUCCACCGACGAGGAGCCGUACCAGGACCUGGACAUUAUGGAGCCCGAGGUUGGCACCUCCCUCCCCUCCACUGUGCGCUUCAAGUGUUCGCAGCAGUUAAGCCCCGCCCAGUGGCAUCAGCUGACCCUAGUGCUGGCCAAGGACAUCAAGCGCAGCUGCAAAGUCACCGCCUACCUCAACUCCAAGGUCAUCGGCUCUGCCAAGAUGCAGUACAUCAAGCCGUUUCCGGGUCAGUGCGUCUCCAUGGACCCCACGGCUGUGAUAGAAGCGUGUCUUGACAUCAUCGGCAUAUUAAAUAUGGAAGGCAACCUGCGUGCUUUUCGUGUCAAUGGUCGGCCCAACUUCCUGUUUGAAGAGCCACUGGGCCCCGACGCCGUGGAGACCGUUUACAGCCAGGGCACCUGUUACCUAGGCAACUAUCUCGCCCUGACCCCCCAAGAUGGGAGCUCCAGGGAGGGCCAGGCUGUGGGCCGUUCGGUCCCAGAGGAGAGGAUCUCUUUUGGGAUAAACCCAGCGGUCUCCUACCUCACCACCGUGGCUCAGAUACGGGACGACUACAACGAGGUGGACUGCAGGCUCAUCGCCAAAGAGAUGGGCAUCACCUCUCGUGAUAACACCACUCCAGUCCUCCUGUGCAGAAAUAUCAGCCAGCAUCUGGCCGGCACCAGCAGAGCCAUCGGGGCUGCAGUGGUGGGGCGGUUCGGUGUAAGGACCUUCAUGCCCAACAGCGCUGCUCGCAGCUUCCAGUACAUCGGCGGUCCAGCGGUCAUCCUGAGUCUCAUCGCCAUGGCUACGGACGACAGCUCUCUGUACGCGGCGGUGAAGGUGUGUGUGUCCGUUCUCAGCACCAACCCGUGCAUGGAGCAGGAGAUGAGGCGGAUGCAGGGAUACAAGCUCCUGGCGUUCCUGCUGAAGAUGAAGGCUCCGCUGAUCAGCAGUAGAACCUUCCAGCUGGUUCUGUCACUGACUGGAACCGUGGAACUGGGCUCUUGUUCUGGGCUUGUGUACAACCUCCCAGCCUUCCAGCAACUCCUCUGUGAUGCUGAGAUUUGGCAGAAGGCCCCUGAGAACCUGGAUCUGUCCGUGCUAAACCACUUCACUGACAUCCUGAAGGCAUCUAGUGAGAGUGCAGAGGUGAUGCACCGGUUGGAUAUGGUGGAUAAGCUGCUGUUCCAGCUGCAGGAGCCUGUGUGUUCCCCCCGCAAAGUCCAGCUGGUCACCAGUGUGCUUGCUCUACAGCUGCAGGGGCACCUCAACCGCAGAGACAUCAGCAGAAUCGGGUUGUUUGUGGUUUCCACACUUCUUCCUCCCACCAUUGAUGAGAAUGUCCUCUUAUCAGCUGUGGAGUUUGAUGAGCAAGCUCUGACUCAUUCUCCAGUGCGGAUGCUGUGGGUGCGUAACCAGCUGCUAGAGCUCAUCAUCUCUCUACUGAGCCCUGACACCACCCUCACUCAGCAAGGGCAGCUGCAGGUGUACGAGGCGCUGGGUGUGGACUGGUUCUUCAUGCUGCUCCAGUCUCACCUCCACAAGAGCUCCGUCCUGCUGGGCGUCCGGCUUCUCUCUCUCCUCCUCACGCACAUUCACACACACACACACACACCUCAUCUCAAGUCUCAGGGACACACACACACCGGGAACACUGCUGCAGCACACUCUGGAGCCUUCCGCCAGCAUGGUUGUGCAGAUAACCUGCGUGUACAGGUGUGGUCCCAAGGGGGGGUGAGCGCCACCUAUGGGGGGUUUGAGGUCCUGCAGAAGCUUCUGGAAGCUCAGGUGCACCUGCCCCACGUCUACACCACUCUUGCCACUCUGCUUCUCAACACACGGCCUCCUCACAUACCUGCAGGACAGGUUGAUCUGGAUAGUAUUCUACAGGGGCUGCUUGAGUCUUCCACCAAUACAUCACACACUUCUCCUCCGACCGCUGACACACCCCACACAGCACACACACCCCAGACAGCACACACACCACCCACAGCACACACACCCCAGACACAGCUGUGUGUGGAAGCAGCCUGCAUCCUGGUGGAACUGGUCAGGGUGAUCAUCACGCAGAGGCCUGUUGCAGGAAGUGAUGCGUGGCCUGAAAGAGGAAGUAAUGUAUGGCAGGUGCAGUACCCCGGCAGCGUGAUGCAGUUCCUGUGUCUGGUGCACAGUCUCCGCCCCCUUGACUCGCUGUGGACUCGGCCGGACUUCCUCUCGGCUCUUGCCAGGGCCAUGUUCCCUCCAAGCACAGAGGGUAACGCUAAGGCCCCGCCCCCUCACCCAGCCAGGAAGCAGGUGUGUGACUUCAGCCGCAUUCUCCUGCUGGACAGCCUCAUGCACAUCCCCGCCAGCGACACACACACACACCACCCGCUGGAGCAGCUGCUGGAGUUCUCUCCUGAGGGAGUGUGUGAGGAUCAGAAGCAGAUCUUUCAGACAGAGUUGCUGCUCUCCCUCAUUGAGCUCAUCCACAUUACAGGACAAGAGGAUACACACCUUUCCAGAGAUGACUCCGCCUCAGGUGGUUCUGGUCAGACGGUUCUGCUGGAGAACGUAGGGUUCUUCUGUGCUGCACUGGUGGAGAAGCUCUACACUGGCCUCUUCAGCACUGACCCUGAGACACUCCUCGUCUUCAUCGCAGAGCAGGUGGUCAUGGCGAUGGAGAAGGCCCAGAUUCAUCGGGAAAGAACUGUGAGUGCCCUCUACAAGAGCCUGAACCGCUCCCUGCUUUACUUCCUGUCCGGCCCACGCAUCACUUCCUGUGAGCAGCAGCUUGUCCUGCGCACACUGCGCACCAUGGAGCAGCAGUGGGACGUCGUCAUGGCGACCUACAACAGCAACGUCCACUUCACCUCAUGCCUGAUGCACUGCCUCCUGCUGGUCAGGAGUGGAAGCUAUCCAGAGGGCUUUGGGUGUGAGGGCUUCAGGAGGCCCCUCCCCCUCCCUGACCAAAGCACAGAAGCCCCGCCCCCAGGCCAAGAGACACACCCCUCUGAAGUGGAGUCGGAGCUGAUGUGUGUUGUUGAGAGUGUGUGGAGUCGGGUGCUCCAGGAGAGAAGGGCCGUGCUGGAGGAGGCGUUUAAGCUUGACCUGUCCGCUAAAGGGGGUCGGGACCAACCCAUCGCCAUGGGAGACGUCAGCCCGCUGUGGGAGGAGACAGCGCAGAAAGCCUGGCAAACCUUCAUUGAUGCUCAGACGAAGCGCCUUGAGAGCGCCCCCUCCAGGAGGUCUGUGAUAGCUGCAGCAGUGCGCUCCUUCUACAGACGCACAGACAAGGAGACCAGUGGGAGUGUGGAGGACUUCAUGAAUGGGAUGGAGGCCUUCAGAAAGACUGCUCAGGAGAUGUUUGAUAGUCUCCUCAGUAACCACACACAGGCUCAGCAGUGCCAGUGUGAGCGUGUGGAGUCACUGUGGAAGCAGCAGGAGGCGGAGCUUCUGCGUGAGAGGGGCGUGUUUGGUCCGGCAGCGGGGGUGUGGCUACAGCAGCGCUGGGUUCAGGACGCCACCGAGGGGCCCGGCCGAACACGUGCACGCGUCCGACGCAGAGCCCUGCGCAUGUCCAGGAAGAUGCAGGUGUUGACCUCAAGUGUGUGUGUGAAGAGCAACCCAGUGGAGGAGAGUCGUGGCGUGACUGAGAACUGGGACACUGAUCCAGAGCUGCGUAUCCUAUGUGAGGCAGGCCGUGAGGCGGAGGAGGCGGGGCUUCACUGUGAUCAGCUGACCUUCUUCCCCGAGCUGAGCGAACCCCUGACCUCACACACCGACGCUCACACCUGCACGGAAACACACAUCAUCCUCCAGGAGCUCAGAGAUCAAGAGGAGGUGAAGGCGAAGAUGAGUGUGGUUCAGGUGAACGGAUACCAGGUGUGUGAGUGUGUGUUGCUGUUUGGGAAGGCAGAUCUGUACCUGUGUGAAGGCUUCAACCUUACCCCCUCAGGAGACGUCUGCUGCACCACCCACCAACCAUCCAGUAUCCGAGACUCCUAUCUCAGUAGCAUGUUUAAGAAGGAGAAGGCCUCUACAGUGCAGAGCUGCAAGUGCUGGCCCUACGAUGACAUCAAAGGUGCACACUUCAUGCGCUACCUACUGGAGGAUAAUGCUCUGGAGAUCUUCCUGAGGAAUGGCUCCUCUGUGUUCCUGGUUUUUCCCAACAAGGAACACAUCUCUGCUUACAAGAGGUUGAGUUCAGUCACUCCAGCUCUGAAGGGAAAAGUGAUGGAGGCUGUGUUUAAUAUGAGGAGGUCUGGAGGGGUGGAGAAAAGUGUUCUCCUCAGGUGGCAGAAAGGAGAGAUGAGUAACUUUGAGUACCUGAUGCAUCUGAACACCCUGGCUGGACGCACCUAUAACGACCUCAUGCAGUAUCCCAUCUUUCCCUGGGUCUUGGCAGACUACCACUCUCAGACUCUGGACCUGUCGGAGGCGGCGACCUUCAGAGAUCUGUCUAAGCCAAUGGGAGCCCAGACAGAGCGGCGGAGGGACAACUUCAUCCAGAGGUACAACGAGGUGGACACCGUAGAGGGUGAUCUGGCGGUGCAGUGUCACUACUGCACACACUACUCUUCUGCCAUCAUCGUGGCCUCCUUCCUCGUCAGAAUGGAGCCCUUCUCACACACAUUCCUCACACUGCAGGGCGGUUCCUUUGACGUUCCAGAGCGGAUGUUCCACAGUGUCCAGAAGGAAUGGGAGUCGAGCUCACGGGACAACAUGAGUGACGUCCGAGAACUCAUCCCAGAGUUUUACUACCUCCCAGACUUCCUCACCAACACCAACAACCUGAAGUUUGGGUGUAUGCAGGAUGGUACAUCUCUGGGGGAUGUAGUUUUGCCACCAUGGGCCAAAGGAGAUCCGCAGGAGUUUAUCAGAAUUCACCGAGAGGCCCUGGAGAGUGAGUAUGUGAGUGCACACCUGCACCUGUGGGUGGACCUGAUCUUCGGCGUGCGGCAGCACGGUCCGGCGGCGGUGGAGUCGCUCAACACCUUCCACCCGUACUUCUACCCCCACCACCUGGACCCCACGCUGCUGACCAACCCCCUGCAGAGGAGCACCAUCCUGGGCUACAUCAACAACUUCGGACAGGUCCCCAAGCAGCUCUUCACUAAGCCGCAUCCGAGUCGUUUCGCGCAGAAGAAGGACAUGCCCCCCUCCAGCACAGUCACGCCCUUCUACCUGCAAUUGGACAAAAUCAAGCCCUCGGCCACGCCCAUCAAAGAGCUGCAGCAGGGUCCUGUAGGUCAGGUGGUGUGUAUGGAUCGGGACGUUUUGGUUCUGGAGGGAAACCGGCUCUUGGUCCCUCCCCUCGGUCACGUCUUCUUCUGCUGGGGUUCCUAUGACAACAGCUGUGCCUUUGGCAACUACGCUACGGACAAGACGUUUGCGGUGUGUGAGAGUGUGUGUAACUGGGGAGAGGUCCUGUGUGCAGUGUGUCCCAACGCCACCACCAUCAUCACUGGAGGAACCAGCAGUGUGGUGUGUGUGUGGGAUGUUCUACUCAACAAGGACAAACUCACAAACAUGACGCUCAAACAGCCUCUGUAUGGACACACGGACGCGGUGACCUGCGUGGUGGCGUCAGAGACCCAUGGUCUGAUCGUGAGCGGCUCUCGAGACCACACCUGCAUCCUCUGGGACCUGGAGGAGCUCAGCUACAUCACUCAGCUAGCAGGACACCCGGAGAGUGUGUGUGCACUCGCCAUCAACACACACACGGGGGAGAUCGUGUCCUGUGCAGGUACACACCUCUACCUCUGGUCGGUUCGGGGGCAGCUGCUGUCGUCCCUGGAGACGGGGGCGGGACCCGAGGGGCGGAGCCUGUGCUGCCUCUUCACCCAGCGCAACGAAUGGGACCCCCACCACGCCAUCGUAACUGGGGGCAACGACGGCAUCAUCAGGAUCUGGCGGACAGAAUACUCAAGCACGCAAUUACCCACAAUCCCGCAGGGCUGCACGGACCACCAUGAGCCUCAGGAGGGUCUUCAUGACGAUGACGAUGCCGGUGUGUGUGGGCCCUCGGGGGGGGUGGUCUGGGAGCGCCACCUGGUGUUGUGUAGUGAGCUGAACCGCAGUCAGCUGGUGUCACGGCGACGAUACCGCACCAAUCCCCCCGUCACCGCCCUGGCCAUGUCCAGGACAAACGGGACACUGCUGGUGGGAGAUGCAUGGGGAAGAGUAUUCAGCUGGACCUGUGAGGUCUAGGAUACACACACACACACACACACACACACACACACACACACACACACACUCCCUCCCAGACCAAACAUGUCCGGCAAUGCAAAAGACACACUCACCCAAACAUGCACAUAGACACAUGUGUACAGAAAUACACACACACACACACACACACACACACACACACACACACACACACACACACACACUCAGCAGGGUUUUCCCCAGUGUGCCCUGGGCUGUCUGCUGGCUCUAUUUUAGUCCUCCUCUGACCUCAAUGCUGAAAGCUAAAUUACCUACACACACACACACACACACAGUCUCACAGAAUGCCCACUUGAGCCUGUCGGACACACACACACACACACACACACACACACACACACACACACACACACCACAAACACACACACACAUACAGUAUGGGUGAUCUCAGGAAACGUUGGCAAGAAAAGAGGAUGUGUUGGCAAACUGAAGAUGGUACAGGCCACACCCACGUGCAUGCCAGACCCAAUGCAUGAUGGGAAGGGUCUGGAGUUGUGCUUAGCCUUAAACACACACACACACACACACACACACACACACACACACACACACACACACAAACCUACACACUACACACGCACAGACAUAAACACCCAUGCACAUACACACACACACACACACAAACACACAAAAUGCUGUACUGACAGCUUUGAUAUGUUUGCUUUAUAGUGUGGUCACUCUGUGUGCAUUAGAGUUCUUUUUAUUUUACGUGUGUGUGUGUGAGAGAGAGAGAAAGAGUUGAAAUGUCUGCCCUCUGAUUGGGUAGAUUCUGUAUCUGUGUUUCAUGAUCAAAUUCUUGUUUUGAACUAAGACUUAACUAACUUAAUAAAGAGCAAAUGUUUACUUCCA